AUGGAUAAGACUCUGGACGAGAUCAUCGCUACCCGCCCCAAGGGCAUCCGUCGCACCACUAAUCGACGCGGCUCAGCCAAGACCCAGGUUCUAGGUAGUCCGACCGCACCUAUUGCCAAAGCACGCGCAAAUGCUGCUGCCAACGGCACGAAGACCGCUGCCCCCACCGCCGCUCAACCUUCCGACAAGAUUAUCGUUUCCAACCUACCCCCAGAUGUGAACGAGCUUCAAGUCAAGGAAUUGUUCCACACCACUGUCGGACCCCUGCGUGACGUGACGUUGCACUAUGACAGUCAAGGUCGUUCCAAAGGCGUUGCUGCUGUUCAGUUUCAGCGGCGCGGCGACGGUACCAAGGCUUUUCAACAAUACAACAAUCGACUCAUUGAUGGAAAGCGUCCCAUGAAGAUCGAGAUUGUUGUGGACCCUACGCGUCCUGCGCCUCCGGCUUCACUCGCCGCUCGUGUUGCUCCAGCUCCCGCGGUUGCUACCGAAGUCACCAGAACUGGUGGACGCCCGAGACGUGGGCGCGGAGGACCCAGGAGAAAGAACGAGAGGCCUGCUAAGACGGUGGCCGAUCUCGAUGCCGAGAUGGAGGAUUAUACGGCUAACAACGCUCCUGCUGCUUAG